UUCGGGUCCAGAUCUGAAAGGUUAAUCUGAAGUUUUAUACCUUCAUGAAAAAGGAGAAGAAAAAUAAUGGAAAUUGAAAUUUCCUAAUGGUUAUGGAUAAUAUAAUAGAAAGGCUAAAGUGAAAGAAUUUCAGUUUGCUUAAUGGAAAAAAACACUUGUACAAUAUCUCAGUACAUAUUUUCUGGUUUAAGCUAAACUGAAGAUACAAGUGAACAAAAAAGACAAUGAUCAUAGUGUCAUGCUGAAAUUUAAUGUUAGUUGCAUACCUUUAAGUUAUUUCUGACUAAUGGUUGUUUUAAGGCAAACCUGUGAUAAAGUUUUCUUAUAUAAUAGAGCCCUUCAUUCUUAACAGCUGAUUCAUACACCUUUCAAAAAUUAUCAGUAGAAAUAUUGAAAUUUAAUAUAGCAUCCUGUAUUGAGAUUAGCCAAUUUAUCAUGACAUAACAGUUAAGAGGAAAUUACUAAAGGUAAAGGUUUCUCCUGAUGAUGCUCAUCUCCAUUUCUAAGCCAAAGAGCCGGCAUUGUCCGUAGACACCUCCAAGGUCAUGUGGACGGCAUGACUGCAUGAAGCACCAUUACCUUCCUGCUGGAGCGGUACCUAUUGAUCUACUUACAUUGGCAUGUUUUCGAACUGCUAGGUUGGUAGAAGCUGAAGCUAACAGAGGGCGCUCACUCCGCUCCCGGGAUUUGAACCUGCGACCUUUCGGUCUGCAAGUUCAGCAGCUCAGUGCUUUAACACAUUUCGCCACCAGGGCCCCCAGGAAAUUACUAAUCUAUCUUCUAUCUUUCUUCUAUUUAUUUUUUAUUUAUUUGUUUGUUUAUUUAUUUAUUUAUACAUCUAUAUAUAUAAAAGAGUGAUGGCAUCAGGGCAGCGGACAAAACAACAAAACUACAGGCCCCCCAACCUCGAAAUCUGACAACACAACCCAUCAUCCACGGCUCUAGGUUGAUACAACAAAAAGCAAAGAAAAAUAAAGACCUAAUUAGAGGUAGAGGAAUAAUUGUUUUUAUCCAAUUGCUGCCAGUUACAAGGCUAAGUUCCGCCCACUUGGUCUCCUAGCAACUACUCAGCCCAGGGGACAGGCACAAGAGUUUGGAGAGACCCCUAAGGGCCAUCCAGCCCAACCCUUUCUACUAUGCAGCAGGACACAAUCCAAGCAUUCACAACACAUGGACAACGUAUAAAUACUAUACAAUACUACACAGGGACAUAGACCCCCUCUACCUUCACCACUUUCACAGUACACAAACAACCAAAUGCAUACUAAACAUAAAGACAACCAUACAACAGACAUUCAAUACCACCACUACCUCAACAAUUUCUCACCAACACCACCAGACAACGCAACAGCAACGCGUGGCCGGGCAUAGCUAGUUUUAUAUAAAAGAGUGAUGGAAUCACGGCAGCAGACAAAACAACAAAACUAAACACCCCACAACCUUGAAAAUUGACAGCAAAACCCCUCAUCCACGCCUCUACAUUGAUACAACAAAAAGAAAAGAAAAAUAAAGUCCUAAUUAGAGGGAAAGGGAUAAUUGUUUUUAUCCAAUUGCUGCCAGUUAGAAGGCUAAGCUCCGCCCAUUUGGUCUCAUAGCAACCCACUCAGCCCAGGGGACAGGCAGAGUUAGGCUUCACUUAGCCCUCUUCCACACUGCCUAUAAAAUACAGAUUAUCAGAUUUUAACUGGAUUAUAUUUAUUUAUUUGCAGUAUUUAUAUUCCGCCCUUCUCACCCCAAAGGGGACUCAGGGCGGAUUACAAUGAACACAUAUAUGGCAAACAUUCAAUGCCAACAGACAAACAACAUAUAUAGACAGACACAGAGGCAUUUAACAUUUUUUUUCCAGCUUCACGAUUCCGGCCACAGGGGGAGCUGUUGCUUCACUGUCCACUAGUGGCUGUACUUCCUCAUUCCUUUCCUCGUGUUUUGCUGGCAGUUUUUAUGAUGUUGUAAAUUAGUUAAAUUAGCCUCCUGCAUAAAGCGUACCUAAAUUUCCCUACUUGACAGAUGCAAGUGUCUUUCGGGGCUGCAUAGGUCAACAGCAAGCCGGGCUAUUUAAUGGUUGGGAACUCAUGACCUCUCGGGCAGAAGUGAUUUAUUGCAGCUGGUUACUAGCCAGCUGCGCCACAGCCUGGCCCUAUAUGGCAGUGUAGACACAAGGCCUUUCCACACAGCUAUAUAACCCAUUUAUAAUCUUAUAUUAUCUGCUUUGAACUGGAUUAUCUUGACUCCACACUGCCAUAUAAUCCACUUCAGGGUGCAUUUUAUACAGCUGUGUAGAAGGGGCCUCAUAUAAUCCAGUUCUAAGCAGAUAAUAUAAGAUUAUAAAUAUACAGUAGAGUCUCACUUAUCCAACAUAAACAGGCCGGCAGAACGUUGGAUAAACAUAUAUGUUGGAUAAUAAGAAAGGAUUCAGGAAAAGCCGAUUAAACAUCAAAUUAGAUAAUCAUUAUACAAAUUAAGCACCAAAACAUCAUGUUAUACAACAAAUUUGACAGAAAAAGUAGUUCCAUGCACAGUAAUGCUAUGUAGUAAUUACUGUAUUUACAAAUUUACCUCCAAAAUAUCACAAUUAAUUUAAAACAUUGACUACAAAAACAUUGACUACUAAAAGGCAGACUGCAUUGGAUAAUCCAGAACAUUGGAUAAGCGAAUGUUGGGUAAGUGAGAUUCUACUGUAAUAUGAAAUAAUUACUGUGGUAGAAUAAUUCAGAACAAUAUAAUCUCUAAAACCAGGACAGUAAAUAAAGAGCAACACUCUGAAAGCAGGGAAAUUGGGAAUUCCACAAAGGAAACAAUCAGGGCCAGCAAACACCUCCCAAAAAAGGAUUCUUCCAGAAAGGAAGCUGAGAAGGGAGUAAAGCAGUGAGUAUUACCAAAGCCAUUAUUAUUACUAUCAUUAUUAUUAUUAUUAUUAUUAUUAUUAUUGUUGUUGUUGUUGUGUUGCUGUGAACCAUGAAAAUGAAUACAAACUGCCUCCAAGUAUUCAAAAACACUAAAAUCAGAAUAUAUAAAAUUACUGUGGUAUAAUAAAACAGAACAAUACAAUCUCUAAAAUCAGAACACUAAAUAAAGAACAACACUCUGAAAACAGGGGAAUUCCACACAGGAAACAAUCAGGGCCAGCUAACACCUCCCAACAAAGUAUUCCCAUCACCAAAGUCUGGCAAAUCCUCUGUUUUCUGAGGGCCACAGACAGUAGAAGCACAUAAAAUAUCGCAAAGAACACCACUCUGAAAACAAGGGAAUUCCAGACAGAAAACAAUCAGUGCCAGCUAACACUUCCCAACAAAAAAUUCACCCAGGGAGGAAGCAGCCAGGCUUUAAAGCUGCAAGGCCAUUACAUGCUAAUCAUUUUGCCUAAUUGCAGCAUUCAUACAGACAAAAAAACCUAUCAGAAAUACUGUAUAUUCACAAGCUUUAGGAAAUAAUAUCCCCUGAUGGUGCAGCGUGUUAAAGCGCUGAGCUGCUGAACUUCUGGACUGAAAGGUCACAGGUUUGAAUUGGGGGAGCGGAGAGAGCCCCUACUGUUAGCCCCAGCUUCUGCCAACCCUAAAGUUCAACAACAUGCAAAUGAGAGUAGAUGAAUAGGUACUGCUCCGGCAGGAAGGUAACAACGCUCCAUGCAGUCAUGCCACAUGACCUUGGAGGAGUCUACGGACAAUGCCAGCUCUUUGGCUUAGAAAUGGAGAUGAGCACCAACCCCCAGAGUCAGACACGACUGGACUUAAUGUCAGGGGAAAACCUUUACCUUUUACCUUAACUACCACCAAUUCCUCAAUACUUUAUUUCCCAUACCACCAGACUUCGCCACAGCAACGUGUGGCCGGGCACAGCUAGUGUCCAGUAAAUGACUAGAAAAUAAAAGAACAGAGGGCUGUAAGUUAGGAUAAAAAUGGUUCAGAAUUAAUAAUAUGUACAAAUUAAAUAAUUGUAACUAGAUAUGAUGGAAAGGAUUGCAUUUCCUUUACGAUGAGCCAGAAGAGAUGAUUGGUAGAUAAGAAAAAAAUGACAUAACCUUUUGCCUUUCUAUUUGCUCUAAUUUGAUAUUGCCUAUUUCCAUCACAGGUGAAUGAGACAUUCUUGAGUUUCAGCAUCAACAUUCUGCAACGGUAGGCUGUUUAGGGAAGCAUGAUGAUGCUGCUGGGUCCCCUUUGAUAAGAAAUUGAUAAGAGUUCUUUAUCUUUAUUUUGUAGUUUAGGAAAAGCUCAAUUGUCCCAGAGAACAGUGGAGCUUCAGCUCUUGUGCACAUUUCUUUUUAGCAGCUAGAUAUUAGUAAUUAACCUCAUCAAUUGUGACAAGAUGGAGAUGCCUGCUUUUUUCAAGAGCAAAAAUCCUUUUCCACUUGAAGGCAGCCUGAAAAUUAGAGUUGACCGAAAGAACUUGCCAUCUCACAAAGCUAUGGAGUCUGCAAUGAAAGCAAAAAUGCCUAUAAUGUAUCAAAGAGAGGUCGGCCACACCAACUGGUAUGAAGCACACUAUCAGAAACGGUGCUUGAAGAAUGCAGCCACAGGUUUGCAUUUUGCCAAAGAGGUUGUUUCAGAAAGGCAACCAUCCUCUCUAUCUUACAUGGAAUUUGACUCUAGGGGCCUAUAUGAUCCUUGCAGUGUCAUUCAAAAGCAAAAAAGCGAAGACUUUACUCCUAGACCAAGAAGGCUCAAACCAUUAAAGAAACAAAUUUACCAACUGAAGUCAGAAGGUGCUCUUGCCAAACCACCUACCCCUCCAAAUUUUCCUUAUUUUGUGGAAGAGUGCAUAUACAAAGCUAAAGUAGAAAGUGAAAUUCCAGACCCAACUUUGCUAGUACCUGUUCCUCCGGUUUCUCCUCCUCCUCCUUGUGAGUUCCAGCACUCACGGUUAUUCUUAACUGAACCCCCGGAUAUGUUGGGAGACAAGACUACCAAAAGAUGGUCAAAGCCAGCGUUGCAGGGCACCCCAGCCCACAAACCACAGCAGCAGAACCUGAAAUGGGAAGAAAGGCUGUUGACAAAAUUAAGCAAGGCUACAGCUCAAUGGAUUGUAAAUAAUCAGCCCGCCUGGGGACGCUGGGUUCAGGGCAAACCACGGGGUUUUAGGAGGCAAAAGUAUGACUGGAGCAGCAUCAAGUAUGUGCUCACUUCCGAAAGUGAUAUGGAGCUGCUGAAUGAAAUUGAAGCAGAAGCUCUUGUGGGAAGUCAUAUUGAAAUCCAUGAGAAGAAACCUGAGACAUCCCUGCUUGCCUAUUAUAGAGGACCAUCUUUCCACACAAGAGUGCUUGCCAUAGAUGACCCAUCUGCUAACAACAAAACAGCAGAUAGAGUAUCAAAGAAGAGCUUCAAACCAUUAUCUCCUGUUAAACGUCGAGGAAGAUUGAACUCUGUGGUUGGAAAAUACUCAUAUACUACACAAAAUAUCUUUGAACAAGACCUCUACUUUGGAUCAGCCAGGAUUGUCCAUCAAGACAAGAAGGAUCGUUUAGUUAUGGAUAAUAAUUAUGAAUAUUACUUACAUCUUGAGCAACGUUACCCAAGACCUCAUGAGAUCUGGAGCUUCAGGCCACCAAAAAAGGCAGUUCAAAGAAUACAGAAGGGAGCCAUCCACUGGACCUCACUUCCCACUAGCAUCGAAGACUUUGCUCAAUCAGGUGGAGAACAACAAUCCUCAGUAUCAACUGGGAGAAAAAGAGAAGGGUACAGAAAAUCCGAAGAUGUGUCUGAGAUUAUCCAAAUCCGUAGGACCAUGCUGGAACAGUGGAAGGCCGAUUGGAAACUUGAUCCUCCAUGGCAAUCAGCAACUAUAGAAGGAUUAAGCAGAGGUCUUGUGGAUGUGCAUGUUCAAAAUCGGAUCAAUGCUAUUCUUAUCUGUGCAUCUGCUGUGCUUGAGCGGCCCCAACGUUUGCAACAGUCAAGUCAGGAGGCCGUAAUAGGAAUGGAAGCCGGUGCAAAGAGUUUAGAAACUGAAGCUUUACCAGCAAAAAUACAGCCAUUGCUUAAAAAUAACCUGUUUGAUGAAGAUGCACAUGUGAGAAUGGCAGCAGCUGUAUGCUUUUAUGCUAUGGGGGAAUGGUAUCAAGAGGCACAGGACAUUAUGAGAAAUGCUUUGUUAAAUGGUAACAGUGCAGAUAGCUGGGCAGCAGCCCAGGCCCUGGCUAUGGAUGGCAUUACCAGUUUACAUGUCAUAAAGAGGAUCCUGUAUCAGAUUUUUGAUCAAAAAGAUGAUGCCACAGAAGAACAGGCUUGUCUAUUGUUGUCUCAGCUCAGCAGACACACAGGCCUGGUUCAUUGUUUGCUGGCAUCAGAACUGAACAGCUGCCAAUGGAAAAAUCGAGUGUUGGCUUGUAAAACAUUCUCUCGUAUUCCUGGGAGUAUCAGCCAGGAUCUCAAAAACAAAAUGGUUCAGCUGAUGUGGACAGACUGGAAGUUUGAUGUACGUCGGGCAGCUGCCAAGGCUCUUGGGCAUUUCAAACUUGGAAAAGAAGUCCAUGACCAGCUUAGGAAGCAGCUGAAGAGAGGAGAUUGCCGGAUGCGGGUGGAAGCUCUCACUCUGAUUGGUUGGCUAAGGCUCAUGACAUCCAGGCUGCUCCCUGGAUUUCUUCAAUGUUUUUCUGAUGAUUUUGUAGCUGUCCGAAAGGAAGCCUGUAGGGCAGCUGGAGCACUUAGGAUUAAAGAAGAAACAGUACUUAAAUGCCUUUUUAAGAUUAUGCAGACUGACCCAUUCUGGAAAAUCAAGGCCCUUGCCAUUAGAGCUCUAGGUCAGAUAGGUGCACCAAGCUCUCACCUCAGAGACCUUCUUCUCUGGGCCCUUCAUUAUGAAGAUGAUCCUGGGGUCCGGAGGGAAGCCUGCCGCAGCAUCAUUGCUCUUAACAUGCAGGAUGAAACAGUUCAGACCACUUUACAAGACCGACUGAUACUGGAACCAAAUGAGCUGGUUAAAGAGGAGGUAAGUCAUGCUGUGAAGACUUUCAAUUUUGAACAGGAAGAGGACCAAGAAGUGAUCCAGAAGAUCAAGGACAAGAUUACCACAUUAAGCCAAAAAGAUUUAGUGAUCGAGAAAGUGCUGAAAUUUCGAGAGAUUACAAAGAACACAUGGCAUGAAGCCCACCGCAUCUAUCGUGAGAAGGGAGACAUCUUUGCAUACAAAGAAAUUCGGGACAUCUUCCUCGCUGUUGUUCAAGUCACUUUCACUGAUCAAACUCAGUUGCCGAGCAGGAACUUCUCAAAGAUUUGGAUGAGUAUCCUAAAUCUAUUACCUUGGUUGGAAAUCCCACCAAACCCAUGGACACAAAGAGCUUUCUUUGAAGCACUGGAAAUUUACAAGGCUGAAAAGGAGGAAUGUGCUAAAAAAUCAAAAACAACCUCAGGGAAGCAGGAAUUAUCUAAGGUCAUCACGAGUGAAGAAACUGGUGUCACUUUUGUGCGAUGAUUAGACACAGUAGAACAGGAUAAGGCAUCUUUCUUUGUCUUAAGGACACUAAUCGGUGACAUGGAAAGCUCAGUCUGAGUAGCAGAAGCUCACUUUCCUACAGACAACAGACAACUUGGAGUUAAAACAAAUAUGGGGUUGUAAAUACACUUUGCCUAUCUUUUAUAUGUGUACCCGUUUAGCAUUUAUAUCUGUACAAAAAUAUUUCUCAGUGAAAUGAAGAGGAUCUUUGGACUACCAUAAUUUCCUGCCUUCUCGUUUUAUUACUUCCCCUUUGUACGGUAAUAAAAGUAAUGAUUUAAAUUUACAUAUCACGUUCCCCCUAAAACUGAGACUUGAGGUAGCAACAUGUUUUCACUGGGAUGGUCAGAACACGGGAUUAUUUUUUUUAAAGUAUCUUCAGCGCUUUAGGUGGGAAAGUUGUAUAAAACAUUUUAAAAAAUUAAAUGACUAUCUAUAGUCAUUAAUCCAGAAUAUGCAAAUUGCAUGAAAGAGUCCUUCAGCAAGAAUGUAGAAUUUGCAAGGAAUUAUUCUUGUACUGUAAAGGGACAGCUGAAAAUAAUACUAAAUGUCAGACAUAAGCAGAACCAAGAUAUAUUUCUCUUAAAAUGUACUUUUCUUCAUGUCAGGAAGCUUUGUUUAUGUAAUUCUUCUCCAUAUACCAGUUAAAUGGUGUAUUUUAGUCUGAGUCAAUUUGAAAUAUGCAGUUCAGCCUCAUGCUGAGUUAGGAGUGCCUAAGCCCAUUGAUUUUAAUCAGCUUGGUGCACAUAACUCUCCUUGGGAUCAGGCUGUACAUUGGCUUAAAUCUGGAUACUCCAGCUUACCCGAUUUGUGCUUUAUCUUGUACGCAGGGCAUCUGUUGCUGUCACUUUCCUGCAAGCAUUGUCACUGCCCAACCCCAGGCUGAACUUAACUCCAUAGGAACAAGGUCCAUGUAUAGACAUCACAACUUUGAAGCCAAGCAAGUCGUAAAUCUGAAAGGGAAGAUAAGCAGCAGGGCCAUAAAUUGCUUAUUGCUGAUCAUAACACCAUGGUAGUCACCAUUGCAGAAACUGCUUACCACUAGGGGGUGGCCUGCAACAGAACAAUAUUUCACUUAACUGUGUUCUGAUUUUACAAAGAAUUGUUUUGUGGUAGAUUUGAUAUUUUGCCCAAACCAGGAGAUGGAAAGCAAUCUAUUUAUAUUACUGGGUGGGUCUGAAAUGUGACAAAAGUUCUUCCUGCUUAUCGUUCUUGUCCUGAUAAAUAUAAGUAUUCUUGACCAGAAGUAGCAGGAGAAUAGUUGUGCCUUCAAAAUAGUUUAGAGCAUACUGGAAAGUAGUUUCAGAAACUUUGGAAAAAAUGACUUUAAAAAUGUGAGCAGGUCUGUCUCAAAUACAUGACUGUGCAUAUAUGUGAACACUCACCCACAAAAUAUUCAGUUCAGCUUCCUACCACCAUAUUAAAGUGAGGGAUCAUCAAGAUAUUGAUGGUCAAUCUAGAAACAAAACAUCGAUGCAAGAAGUCAUAGAAAGCAUACAUUUUAUGAAGCUGUAAGAAAUUCAAGGACUCUGGUAACAAAAAAAGAAAGCACUUAAAAUUAGUGGCAUGGAAAAAAGAUGAAAAAUCUUUGGAUUUUUUUCCUAGAAUAUGACCAGAUCUUUUUAAUAUGCCUGGUUAAUUUUAUACCUACGUUAGGUUUUGAUAUUACUCCCAGUAGAAAUGUUACUAAAGAUAGCCUUGCCAGAAGAAGCAUCCACCAUGUACUUGUUUAUUACAGAAGAAAUGACCAUGAUAGGAAACUAUUAGCUCUGGCUGAGUGAGGGGUGUUACCUUGUCCACAAUGGCAAAUAUUGCUUGUUGUGCUGCCAAAAUACUACUACAUAGCCAGAAGCAGAUUGGGCAUUCAACCAACAUAUGGGGUUUCUAAAUGGUCAGGAGAGAAUAUUGAGAAUGCUUUCCCCAGGAUCCCCAAGUAUGCAUAAUCAUUUAGAAUCUGUAGGGUUGAUCAUGUCACAUGUAAAAUGAACACUAAUUAAAAGGCACAAUCCUGAUUUAAUACAUUAUAGUCAGUCAUCCACAUUUGCAGGUUUGACUUUUGUAGAUUUCAUGGUUCACAGAUUUGAUUAGUAUGAUCAUUCUAGGUAUGUCUAGGUCCUCUUGUGAGACUCAGAGAUAAACUAAAGACAGAAAAUUGAUCCUAGAGUUACACUGGAAGAUCUAGUGAUUCCUAGAGAGAUGUUCUCUCGGGUUUAAAAAAGCACUGUUUUAUUAGCCAUUUUCGGGGGCCCUACACCCCUAACUAUAGUGAAUGUUGAUUACCCACUGUAUUUGAUAACAUUACCUGUCAAGGGAGAGAGGAAACCCAAACACCACUGAAACAGCAAGAAAAUACUGUUGUAUGUAGGUCAUUCAUAUCACCGGUUGAUGCAAGAAGUCUGAAGCCUAAAAUGUCAUAAUUAUUUUCUGUGUUGAGAUGCAGCAAAUAUCUUUCUUGGAAGGCUGUGGGAUCAGAGGUUUAGUUUCUAGUUACUCUUAGAAAUAAAACCAACAUAGUUGACAAGUGGAGGUAUCAGUUGCUUUAUCCAGUGUUGCUUUAUGCCAUUAGAGUGCACCUGAUUCAUCUAUAUUUGCUUUAUUUCAGGAGCCAGGCAGUCAGAUGGGUGCAGCAUUUGGCAGCGCCCUUGUGUACUCAGGCAGCCCUUCCCAGGAGAGGGUGAGAGACUGACUUUGCCUGCUGAGCCAGAACGGGUUUUGCGCUUUUAGAACUUUAGCUGUCAGUCAGUCUGUCAGGAUGAUGUGCGCACUGUUGCUUUAUUAGCUUUCCCCCCCAGAAAUUGUGAGAAUGAAGCUGAGCAUGGCUAUAUUACAGUAGUGAUGAUUUUGUCAUGCACAGUCUUUCCAAGCACUGAGAAACAAGUUCAGGUGCCUCUUCCUAAGUAAAUAUUGUUUGCUAAUAGACAAAAUACAAAAUGGGGCUUCCUAUUCACUUUCAAGAAGUUAUCCUGCCCAAAACAAUGUGUGGUUUUUAUGCAAGGUUUCUGCCCUCCAAAGACUUCUAACAAGGGGAAAGAUUCCUGAAGUCUAUAGGUUGCUAUUCCUUCCCCGGAACUAGGUGUGUGAUCAUAUUUGAUAGAAAUUACCAUUAUAAAAACAGAGAGACAGUACUUUAUUUUAUUCCAGAAAGUAUCCAGCAGAUAGUGAAUCCACUCUCUGCAGAUCAUUGCAGGUCCUUUAGCUUUGGACUUGUAGGCACUAUUAAAAUAAUCGAAUGAUACAAUGACAGGAUCUGAAUUACUAGGAAAGAAUAGUGGGCCUAAAUGCCUUAAAGAUACCAGACCCUGUCUGAUGUGGGAAGUUAAGCAAAGUCAACCUUGGUUAGUACUGGGGCUAUAUUUCAAAGGAAGGAACUGGGGGAAAAACACUUCUGAGUAUUCCAUGCCUCUGUAUGUCAACAUUUGACUUGAAGGCACAUACACAUAUGAAGAGAGGUUUAAUUAAAUUUGUCCACUUCAUUUUCUGGCUGGUUCUUCCCCCAGUUAAUCAUAAAUCAUAUAUAUGGCUCUUAACUACAAAUUGCCCAAAUUAUUCAUAUAGAAACAUUCAAUUAUGAAAAAUAAGAGACUAUAAUUUAUUAAGCAAACAUGGUUUUUACAACUUGAAGCAAUGCUCUGAUUUUAAACGUAUCUACAUUUUCUGCUCUGGCACAUAAUCUUACAAAUGAGAAAGCAAAGCCUAUGUUCCCAUGAAUCGAACAAACAAAAAGCUGCUGUAAUUAUUCUCUUCUCUUUUGUCCUUACUGCGCUUAUCAGAGGCAGCAUCCAGAAAAGAAGUAACUCUUAGUUCUGAGCUCAUUCAAGUCAGAAUUCCCAAAAGAAAAGCUAUCAGAUGUGAUAUAGAUGAGUGGCACAGAGGCUUAAAGAAGCCCAGUGGAUUACUAUCUUUGCUAAUCAAAUUCUUCUUGAGUGGUAAAAUCACUGCAUUCCUCCUGCCUCUGUAUUGAAACUACAUUCACAGAGAACUCAUCUUGUUCAGAGCUGAAAUCUAUUCUGCUGCUACCUCUUAAAUCCAUUCUCAUGUUUGAGUUCUGAUUUCAUUUCUUGCACUAGCUUUAGAUAUAUUGCAAGCUUUAAAUGUUUUUAACACAGCCAGUGUUCAUAGGCUCUACAGCAACCUUCUGAAGAUAUCAAGAGAUUCUGGUAAGAGGGAGUAUCUGUCCAAAUCAUGUAUAUGGAAGAUAUAAUGCAGGUAAGAGUUUACUAUAUAGAAAUAUUGCCUAGUGUCAUGAUAUGGGCAGAUGUGGAAUAGACAAAGCAGUACAGAGCUGUUUUGCUUCGAGUCUGCAUAAACAGAGACAGCCUAGCGAUCUAGACAAGGGUGCCACAGCAUUUUCUUCAACAGAGGUUAGAAUAUUCCUCUAGAGCGGUGGUUCCCAAAGUGUGCUCUGCGGAGUGCUUGGGGUUUCACAAAGCAUACUGAAGGGGGCUCCAUGGUUCCCUCCUCCCUCCCCAUCUAAGCUUUCCCUCCUCUUUCCUACUCCUCCCCCCCUCCCUUGCCGGCAAAAGCCUUUUCCCCUUGGUUGCCCUAAAAGGCCUUUUCCCUCACUUUCCUCUCCCCAAAAGCCUUUUUCCCUCACUUCCAUGCCGUCAAAAAUCUUUUUUCCUCACCUUCCUCACCUCCCAGAUCUUUCCCCCCUUACCUUCCUUGUUUUCCUCCCACAGCUCAGGGGGUGCUUUGAUUGUGCUUUUCUUGUACAGCAGAAGAGGGUUGGACUGGAUGACCCCUGGGAUCUUCCACUGAAAUACUGUUAAGUUUAUGUUGUCAAAAAGUUUGCCUAUGCCUGAUACAUAUACAUUAUAUAGAAUAUAAUAUAUAAACAUUCAUUGGGGCUCCACAAGAAACUUUUGCUUCAAAAAAGGCUCUGCAGCUGAAAAAGUUUGAGAAUCCCUGUUCUAGAGCCAGACCUAAUCCUUUGUCCUCCAGGUUUUUGGAACUGCAGCUCCCAGAAGCCCCAGCCAGCUUGGCCAACUACCAGUAAUUCUGAGAGCUGAAGUCCAACAUACCUGGACGAUAAAGGUUGGAAACUACCGUUCUAGACAUUUCUAAAGCAAUGGAUCAUGAAGCCCUUCAAACAAGCAAUAGGAAAAGACUGCAUGUAGUACAGAGACUGGUACCUCUUGUAGAGGACUUGCUUCAGAGCAGAAAAGGCUACAUCAUUUUCAUCAAAUGUCUAGAUAUCUGGAAAGGAAGCAUAACUCACUACACAAUUGCAACAUCUGCACUUCAUAACAAGACCCCCCCCCCCCCCCCAGUUUCUAUAGGCAGUUUAGACUUAGAAAUUGAAAGACUACCAAUUACUUCUGCAGAAGGAAGAAAGAUUGCUUUUUAUGGUGAUCUGGCCCUACCUUUUGAAGUGCAAGCACACUCAGUAUGAUAAUUCUCACAGCCAUGCCCCCAAGGAAAGUUCAAAAAUGAAAGCAGCUAUGUUGAUGCAUAUCAACAAACCAGUUCUAGCAGCCUUCUUUUCCAUCAGGAAUAGGCCUUUUGUAAAACACACCAUUAAGAACAAACCACCUCCAAAUCCAACAUGGUAAAUUAUACUAUUGAGGUUCAUAGCAAUACAUUAUCACUAGAGCAAAUCCAUACCCUCACAACAUCCCCCUGAGCAUUGCAGCUAAACAUAAAGCAUGAUAGGGUCCUGGUGUUUUGGUUCAGUGAUUCCCAACUCCAUGAUGUCUUUUGUUUUAUAUGUUACUAAAGGAGGAGACAAAACCUAGUGCCAGUUAUUCAGUUGGAAGCUUUUACUGAUAUCCAUCAACUCAUAAUAUUGCUGAAUAAAAUUACAUAUCACUUCAAUAAAGAAACUUAAAAUAUA